AGUCCGAAGAAAUCCCGCGGCGUGUGUAGAAUUUGGCUCAGCUCACAAAGAUGCUGGAAUAUAGCUAGUCUAUCCGAAAAUAAAUCGGCGCUGCGCCUGACCUAGACCAAAAGCUUCGGUCUCUGUUAUGUUGGUUGUUCAGCUGAACUCCGUUGGCUUCACUCACCAAAUAAAGAGACCGAAGUUCUAGCGCGAUCUGUACAGGGGACUCAAUGGCCAUAUGUUUAUGUACUUAAGAUCGGAUAAAACGGGGAAGUGAAUUUGCGCGACAGCCGAGUGCUCCCUGUCAGAAGAUGUCAGCUUUGGAGAACCAACCCCAUUUGACCUGCCAGGAGUUAAGUAAGCAAUGCAAAGAUGUGGAUUCCAGUUCCUCACAGCUAUGCAAUCGCUGGGCACGCAGGAGUCUUCGUAAAAAUGCACCAAGUGGAUCAUAUCAGCCGAGCAUAUACAGAAAGGUCUCGGUCGGGAGUGUAUCACAGAGCUCAGAUCCUCAUCCUGUUGGUGAGUCAUCGGGAACAAGGUAUUAUCACAACAGACUUGAAGAACUUUCUAAAGAAUUGGAGAUGCUUGAUGACCAGUUUGUUGACGAAGAUGAUGACGAUGAUGAUCCGGAAGAGGAUUGGGGCAAUUGUCAAAGAGGAGAAACUCAAAGCUGUGCAUACAGGUGGCUCCCUAACGAUGGAGAAUUUGAUGACAAUAUUGAUGAACACCAAUUGGAUUUCUUGGAUGAAAUAGGCUCAUCUCUUCAUAAUCAAGUUGAUGAUGAAAUUGAAGUGUUCCGUUCGAGUCUCCAUUCCAUGAUAAGCCGACAGCAUCACCAGUGCAGACAGCUAUGGAAUCAAGAACUAGAAGAGUCAUUCUCAAAGAUGGUUCCUUCACAUAUGGUUUCUGAUGAACAGUCUUCUGGUCAGAGUCCAUGUCAGACAGUACCUCACAACCCUAGCUCACAAGAUACAUGGUCAUCAGACAUUUUCCACAGUUCUUCAGAUCAGCCAAGAAUAGAAGCCAUGUCAACCUCUACUUCCAGUAUCAUUGCUGAUGAGGGGUCAAUGCACUUUGUACCAAGUCUAGGAUCUAGUAGCAGCAACGAGUUGUCAUUAGAAUCGGAGAUGAACAGGUUGACCGUUCAGCUUCUUACGUCUGCACUCACCAUAAGCAAUGCCCUACACAGACAGGAAUACGCUACAUGAACAAUACAAAUAUCAGCUAGUCCUGCUUUCAGUCUUCCAGAUGUAGGGGGCUGAUGGCACCCCCUACCCCUGAAUUCUUCGCAUUGUUGGACGAAGAACAGUGACCCCUAUACUCUUCAUAAUGGACACAUUUAUCACCUGGAUUAAGAGUGGCAAGUUCAGAUUAUUGUCUUGCCCGACGACCCUGACCGACACCAAUUCCUCACUUAGACUUGAUCCAUGAAGACAAGAUCUACAAAAUAUCUGUGCCUUUCACUUGGUUAUCAUGAAGAUAUGAUGAAGAGAGAGACGGAGAGAAAGAGAUAUAACAUCAGAGCCCCAUCUGACAAAGAGUUACGAUCGAUGUGAUCAAUCACAACUAUGGAAAGCCAGCAACGUCAACAUCUAAAAUGCAUGUUUGUUCAAAAUAUUUUCUAGAUGUGAUGCAUAAUCAUACCUUCAUUGUUUUCUUAAAAAUUGAGUGUGCUUCUCUUUUUUUUUUUACAACAGACAUAAUUUCCUGUAGAAAUUUUUUUUUACAUUGUUGGAUUUCCAUAUAGUCUAAGAUGAUGUGAACCAUUUGAGUAUGAAAAAUUGGAAGUGGAAAAUAAAAGAAUGGGCCCGUAACACAAAGCUUAGCAAUGAUCGUAGAACAUUUUUUAACGAUCGAUUGCAUUGACUGCAAAGUACGAUCAAUCGUAAAAAUCAAGCGUACAAGUAAUUGCUUACUUUUUUGUUACGCGAUCAAUCGUAACUCUUUGUAAGAUGGGGCUCAGGAUAUUAAUACUGCAGUUAAAAUUUUGAAAUAACGUUGCCAGAGCUAACAACGUGUUAACAGCCUUUAACAUGUGACAGGUGCAAUGUCAGGCAUGCUGCAGAGAGAAGCAAUGUAAAAGGUAUGUUGAGAUGUGAAAUUGUGUAUUGUAAAAUGUUAGUGAUGCUGACACUGUUUGACAGGUGAUGUCAUGGUCCCGGGGUCAUGGUCAGAAGAAGAGAUAGAGCUCUUUUUUUAAGGGAUGGCGUUAAGUAAGUUGAAAAAUACAAUUAAAAAAACUCUUAAACCUACUUAAUAUUUCCAUACUUAAAGCCGGGAUAAAGCUUGGGUCAUGGUGUGAAUUGUACUCAAAUAUCAUCUAACAUGCCAUCAUUACAGAAGUGUAGUAGCAAUUAAUCAUUUUUCAUCAGCCGAUUCUCUGAGAAUUAAAAUAUUUAAUUCUUAGAUAUUUAGCGCCCCUUCUUGACUAUGUUUCUAUCUUCUUUAAACUGGUCCUUUGAAGACUUACAAAUUUACAAUUUGAUAACAGAAUUUCAGAAAGCCGUAGACAAUGAUUAUAUCCUAAAAUUUUCAUCCCAUUACCUGCUUAGGGAUACCUUGAUUUUAUAUCAAAAGGAAAUAUUCAUGCAAUAAAACAAACCGAUUUCAUAUCCUCCACCUCAUAACAGUUUUAGGGCAUAAACACAUAUCUGCCUUCGUCCAUAAACAAUUUAAAUACUAUAUUCGUUUGAUUUGUGUAAUUUACAUGAAAAAUGUCAGUUGGAAAAAAGAAGGUUUACUUGAAUUGAAUUGAAUCGAAUAUAAUCAAGUAAUUAAGUGAAAUUGUGAUGGGCACUUUUAGAGGAUUUACCAAUACUAAAUUACGCUUUAGAACUGUGUAUUAACAGGAAUCGACUUGAAUAUGCACGGCAGUGGUGCGAAUGUGUACAAAAUGCCAUGUUGAUUAAACUAUUCUUCUAAUAUGUUUAGAAAAGUAUUGUUGCAUAAUGAUAAUCUAUGAUUGCAUAAUUGUCUGGAGGGGUAAUUAGAUGUACUAAAAAUAGAAAGAAUGAUUCAAUUGAAGUGUUAUCAUCUAUCACUCGGACUGUUGGAAAAAAAUGAUUGGAUAAAAAACUGGUUCAGGUUGUUUGUGUAAUUCAUUGUAUUACAUUUAAAUUCAAUAUUUUGAGGUGAAAAAUGUUUGAGAUUGAUCAUUGUUCCCAGAAUUGCUAUUAAUAAUAUGAGAUAGUUAUCAUUCUCCCUUUCCUGAUUACAUGUAUUUGAUACAUGUAUAUCUUACAUUUGACACAUUGUAUAACCAUUUCAAGUAUUUGAAACAAAAAUAUUAAGAAAUUAUUUAUUAAUGGAAAAAUAAUGUUUGUCUUUAUCAGAACUUAGAAGCUGUCAAAUUUAGUUAAUUUAUUGAUAUUUUGUAAAUCCUUUUUUUUCUGUGUAUACUUCUAAUUCUAUGCUGUCUUCAUUUCACUCCACUUGCAUUAAGCCUUUUUUCUGUCAUCAGUACGUUCCAUUGUUUUUUAUUUUUUUAUGAUAAUAAUUAUUAUUAUGAAAAUCAAGUUUAACCAUCAAGUAAAAUGAGACUUCCAUGCAAAUUAUUUGUGUUAAAAGUGUACUUUGUUUCUCAAUCAUUCAUUCAUUGUCAUGCAUGUCAGCCAGCAAGAUUUAGACUCAUGUACCAAAAAAAAUAGAAUUAAAAGUGUUCUUGUACUUUGUAUAUUGUAAGGAACUUAGAUUUUUACAAAUAAUUUGUUACUUGUGAGUGAUAUAUGAUAGGUUUCUCAGGAAAACCGGAACUAUGGAAUCCUUCAUACUUUGCUUUCAAGAAGUUUUGAUAUUUACUUCAUUGGCAAGAGCAUUUUCUAUCAAAGGAAUAAAUCCAAGGUCAAUUUGGAGUAUGUUUUAAAUUCCCUCCAUUUUAAAAUUUUAGUUUUUGCUACUGAAUAAUUUAUGCUUUAUAUGACCUGUACGAUCUUACGGAAAAACUGCAUUGAAUUUCAAAUUAUGUGGAAAACUGUCAGAUACAUUUUAUCCAUUUUCACUUUUUCACAUUGACGACCAUCAGAAGGAUUCCCUCAAACAAGUACACUUGUAUGCGAUGCCAUUCUUAACAUUAUUAGUCAGUUAUCUGACUUUCCAAAAUUUGAAAAUCAAUUUAACUUAAAAAACAAUAAAACAAAGUAGAAAUGAAAUUAUUUGUCCAAAUUUGAUGACCUUGGUAUUAUUUUCUUUGCUAGGAGAUGGCCAUCAAUACAAAGAAUUACAUUUUGAAGGCAAAGUGCUUGAAAUAUACCAUUUUGACUUUUCUAGGGCAUGGUGGUGGUGGUUUGAUUAUCAAUAAUGAUGAGUUGGUGAUGAUUA